GGGAACUGGAUGCGUUAGAGGGCAGCCAGUCAAUAUGAUUCUUCUUGCUGUGCUUUUUCUCUGCUUCAUUUCCUCAUAUUCAGCUUCUGUUAAAGGUCACACAACUGGUCUCUCAUUAAAUAAUGACCGGCUGUACAAACUCACAUACUCCACUGAAGUUUUUCUUGAUCGGGACAAAGGAAAACUCCAAGACAGUGUGGGCUACCGAAUUUCAUCCAACGUGAACGUUGUCUUACUGUGGAGGAAUCCUGAUGGUGAUGAUGAUCAACUGAUCCAAAUCACGAUGAAGGAUGUAAAUGUUGAAAAUGUGAAUCAGCAGAGAGGAGAGAAGAACAUUUUCAAAGGAAAAAGUCCACCCAGCAUCAUAAGAAAGGGAAACUUGAAAGCUUUACAAAGACCUGUCCUCCUUCAUCUAAUCCAUGGAAAGGUCAAAGAGUUCUACUCAUAUCAAAAUGAGCCGGUGGCCAUAGAAAAUAUUAAGAGAGGCCUGGCUAGCCUAUUUCAGACGCAGUUAAGCUCUGGAACCACCAGUGAGGUAGAUAUUUCCGGGGAUUGCAAAGUGACCUACCAGGCUCAUCAAGACAAAGUGACCAAAACUAAGGCCUUGGAUUCAUGCAAAAUAGAGAGGUCUGGAUUUACAACCCCAAAUCAGGUCUUGGGUGUCACUUCGAAAGCCACAUCUGUCACUACCUAUAAGAUAGAAGACAGCUUUGUUGUAGCUGUGCUCGCAGAAGAGACACAUGCUUUUGGGCUGAACAGUCUACAAACUAUUGCAGGCAAAAUAGUAUCAAAGCAGAAAUUAGAGCUGAGGACGACUGAAGAAGGCCCAAGACUAAUGCCUGGAAAGCAAGUUGCAGCCGUAAUUAAAGCAGUUGAUUCCAAGUAUGUGGCCCUUCCCAUUGUGGGACAGGUCUUCCAGAGCGAGUGCAAAGGAUGCCUUUCUCUCUCAGAGCACUGGCAGGCCACCAGAAACCACCUGCAGCCCGACAGCCUCUCCAAAGCUGAGGCUGUCAGGAGCUUCCUGGCCUUCAUUCAGCACCUCAGGACUGCAAAGAAAGAAGAGAUUCUCCAGAUCCUAAAGGCUGAAAGCAAGGAAGUACUUCCUCAGCUGGUGGAUGCUGUCACGUCUGCUCAGACUCCAGACUCAUUAGAUGCCAUUUUGGACUUUUUGGAUUUCAAAAGUGACAGUAGUGUUAUCCUCCAGGAGAGAUUUCUCUAUGCCUGUGGAUUUGCCUCCCACCCCAAUGAAGAACUCCUGCGAGUCCUCAUUAGUAAGUUCAAAGGUUCCUUUGGGAGCGAUGACAUCAGAGAAACUGUUAUGAUCAUCAUUGGGGCCCUCGUCAGGAAGCUGUGUCAGAACGAAGACUGCAAACUCAAAGCAGUGGUAGAAGCAAAGAAGUUAAUCCUGAGAGGACUUGAAAAAGCAGAGAAAAAAGAGGACACCAUGAUGUACCUGCUGGCUCUGAAGAAUGCCCUGCUUGCGGAAGGCAUCCCACUGCUUCUGAAGUACGCAGAGGCAGGGGAAGGACCCAUCAGCCACCUUGCUACCACUGCUCUCCAGAGAUUCGAUGUCGCUUUCAUAACUGAUGAGGUGAAGAAGACUUUAAACAGGAUAUACCACCAGAAUCGUAAAGUUCAUGAGAAGACUGUGCGCACUACUGCAGCUGCUAUCAUUUUAAAUAACAAUCCAUCGUACAUGGAAGUGAAGAACAUCCUGCUCUCUAUUGGGGAGCUGCCCAACGAAAUGAAUAAAUACAUGCUGUCCAUUGUUCAAGACAUUCUACGUUUUGAAAUGCCUGCAAGCAAAAUGGUCCGUCGAGUUCUGAAGGAAAUGGUUGCUCAUAAUUAUGACCGUUUCUCCAAGAGUGGAUCGUCUUCUGCCUAUACUGGCUACAUGGCACGUAGUCCCCACUCGGCAGCUACUUACAGCCUUGACAUUCUUUACUCUGGUUCUGGCAUUCUAAGGAGAAGUAACCUGAAUAUCUUUCAGUGCCUUGGGAAGGCUCAUCUUCACAGUAGCCAGGUAGUCAUUGAAGCCCAAGGACUGGAGGCCCUAAUUGCAGCCACUCCCGAUGAGGGGGAGGAGAACCUUGACUCCUACGCUGGCAUGUCAGCCAUCCUCUUUGAUGUUCAGCUCAGACCUGUCACUUUUUUCAAUGGAUACGGUGAUUUGAUGUCCAAAAUGCUGUCAGCAUCUAGUGACCCUAUCAGUGUGGUGAAAGGACUUAUUCUGCUAAUAGAUCAUUCCCAGGAGCUUCAGUUGCAAUCUGGACUGAAGGCCAAUAUGGAGGUCCAGGGUGGUCUAGCUAUUGAUAUUUCAGGGGCAAUGGAGUUUAGUCUGUGGUAUCGUGAGUCUAAAACCCGAGUGAGAAAUCGGGUGGCUCUGGUAAUAACUGGUGAUAUCACUGUGGACUCCUCUUUUGUGAAAGUUGGCCUGGAGGUCAAUGCAGAAACAGAAGCAGCCAUGGAGUUUAUCUCCACAGUGCAGUUUUCUCAGUACCCAUUCUUAGUUUGCAUGCAGAUGGACAAGGAUGGAGCGCCAUUCAGGCAAUUUGAGACAAAGUAUGAAAGGCUGUCCACAGGCAGAGGUUACGUCUCUCGGAGAAGAAAAGAAAGGCUGGUAGCAGGGUCUGAAUUCCCACUCCACCAAGAGAACUCUGAGAUGUGCAAGGUGGUUUUUGCCCCUCAGCCUGAGAGUAAUUCCAGCAGUUGGUUUUGAAACUGAUGAGUAAUGUUUCACUUGACUCUGUCUCCCCAGAAGGGGUAGAAUGUGACAUGCCAAAGUACUUGCUCUUUGAGAGCACAGUGUUUACAUAUUUACCUGUAUUUAAGAUUUUUGUAAAAAGCUAUGAGAAACCUCAAAUGGUUAAAUUUGGGCCUAUUCAGUAUACUACCUACAGUGUCAAUUUUGAGCCAACAUAUGUGACAGUUUUAGCAACAAUCUAA